AUGCCCCGCGGGGACUCGGAGCAGGUGCGCUACUGCGCGCGCCUCUCCUACCUCUGGCUCAAGUUCUCGCUGGUCAUCUACUCCACGGUGUUCUGGCUGAUCGGGGGCCUGAUCCUGUCGGUGGGGAUCUACGCAGAAGUUGAGCGGCAGAAAUAUAAAACCCUUGAAAGUGCCUUUCUGGCCCCAGCCAUUAUCCUCAUCCUCCUGGGGGUCAUCAUGUUCUUCGUGUCCUUCAUUGGAGUGUUGGCUUCCCUCCGCGACAACCUGUGCCUUCUCCAAGCGUUUAUGUAUAUCCUUGGGAUUUGCCUCAUAAUUGAGCUCAUUGGUGGUGUGGUGGCCUUGAUCUUCCGGAACCAGACCAUCGACUUUCUGAAUGACAACAUUCGAAGAGGAAUCGAGAACUACUAUGACGAUCUGGACUUCAAAAACAUCAUGGACUUUGUUCAGAAGGAGUUUAAGUGCUGCGGCGGGGAAGACUACCGGGAUUGGAGCAAAAACCAGUACCACGCCUGCGACGCCCCCGGACCCCUGGCCUGCGGGGUGCCUUACACCUGCUGCGUCAGAAACACGACAGAAGUUGUCAACACCAUGUGCGGCUACAGAACUAUUGACAAGGAGCGCCUCAGCGUGCAGGAUGUCAUCUACGUGCGAGGCUGCACCAACGCCGUGAUCAUCUGGUUCAUGGACAACUACACCAUCAUGGCGGGCCUCCUGCUGGGCAUCCUGCUCCCCCAGUUCCUGGGGGUGCUGCUGACAGUCCUGUACAUCACCCGGGUAGAGGACAUCAUCAUGGAGCACUCUGUCACCGACGGGCUCUUGGGACCUGGUGCCAAGGCCAGCGUGGAGGCGGCAGGCACAGGAUGCUGCAUGUGCUACCCCAACUAG